AUGCAUUCUCGCGCCAGCCACGGCAAGCGCCGGGGGUGUAUCGACACUGAGGACGGCAGCGUUUUAUGUUCUUUUGACACCGUAGGAGAUGCGUCACUGUCCUCCCCUGUUACAGACGUAAAUUCCUCCGUUUCAUCUGGGUCUCUCGCCACACACUUCGACCCUCGGAAACGGUAUCAAGACCCUUCAGAGCCGCCUCCCACAUCUCCAAAUGCCUUCCAUCCUCUUCGCCCAUCGCGAGUCGGCAAUCGGAAGCUCUCCCCGCCACCCCACUACACUCGGCCUGCUCGUUUCGCGUCCUCGUCUUCAUCGACGCCUACUCAGUCCUCGUCGUCUGAGGCUUUACCCCUGUCUGGAUUGUCUCAUUCCCGUCCGUCAGCGCCUUCGUCUUCAUUCUCGACUCCUCGUCACGCCCCACCCGCUGGGGCAUCUCCCUCGUCGGCGGCUUUUCCCGCUUCUUCGAAUGCGUCAAGCAGAACUGGCGAACUGCGGAAAUACCGCUUUGCAGAGAGCCGGUAUUACGUCUCGGAGCAAGAGCUUGAGGGCUUGAAGCCUGACUGGCUGCGGCGCAGAAAGGAGGAGGCGGAGCGCUUCCGCUUCGAGGCGCCUCCGCCGAAGGAGGGGGAGCGGCCGGCUCGCGGGAAGAAUGGAUCCACCCAGCGCGGAAAACGGGAAGGGUACACCCACGAAUUGAGAAACUGCUGCUUCCUUUGUUUUGAAGAAGAUCACUCUGGAACGGCGUGCAAUAACAAGCACGUUUUCUGUCGACUCUGCGCGGGGUACGGUCACCCGGAAGACUCGUGUCCGCUUCUCCUUGUGGAGCGCAGUCUCCGAGGCGAGCUCUGUUUUUUCCUCGACGACGCCCAGACUGAAGACGCCGCUGCGGCGCCUGCCAGCGGCAGCUCGUCAGACGCUGAUUUGCCCGGCCCUCGAUCGACGCACUCCAGCCACAGCGCGACUUCGCGCGCUUCGUCUGCGCCAGCGGGCGACUCCCGAGACAGUCGGGGAAUUCGGUGUAUGUCCUGCGGAGUGCGGGGCCACGCGGUGUGCACAGAUCCUCCCCUCACGGUUCUUCAGAUCUUCUGCUGCCGCUGUGGGCUCUACGGCCACUCCCGCAGCGACUGCCCCGGGGUGUUCGAUAGUUCCUCGCGCCGCAGUGACUUCCGCGCUCCGCCGCGCUUUGGCCACGCACCUGGAAGCCGGCAUCCGUCUGCAGCUUCGCCGCACGCGAACAGGGGCCGCUUCGCGGCGGGCGCCGGCGCGUCUCCGCACAGGGCGCCGUUCCCGCCCAAGGGCCGCGGCGAGCCUGCGGCGCGUGAGCGAGACAGAGAUCUCAUGAAGCACGCGAGGAAAAGCAUCCAGAAACACGAGGGAAAACUCAAGCUGCAUGGCGGCAGCGGCGCCUGGCACGAGAAGAAAAAGAAAAAGAAGCACCGAGGAGAAGGCGCGAAGUUUCACAACAACGCAGACUUUCCUCGCAGUCGCAAGCCGGCGGAGCCCGACUUCGAGAGAAGUUGGAAGAAACGAGGGCGAGACGACAUCGAGACAAGUGGGAAAUGGAACAGAAAACGCCGAGGAGGCGGAAUCUGA